GCUUGGGGUCAAAAAGAUUGAAAAUUCCUGUUAUGUAUUACUUACGCGCGUAAUUUGAUCUGGCAAUAUAUUUUGUGCGCGUAACAUUUGAUUGUUUAUUAUUUAUUUCCGUCGAUUUUCAUAUUUUGCAUGCCCAGAAUGGUAUUGAUAACUCUUGUCAGUAUAUUUAAAUACUGUUGGGUUGCGUAAAUAACACCUGCAUAAGAUAUUCUUUAUGAUUAACAUAAGCAUUUGUUAUCACUAUGAAGUUCACGAAGAUUUUUAUUUGACAGCUAGCUUUUAAUCAUGAACAUAUUGUUUUCGAUAACAAAAUGUGUAAACUGCUGGCAUUUUAUGGAAAUCUUCUUUUCAUUAUUCAUUUCUACACUAUCUAUGGAAGUUUAAGAACCUGUUUACAUGAUGAUAUUGUUCUUGAAGAUAUACCUGCAAGCAGUCACAUUAUGAAAAGUAGGCAUCACCGCCAUGUCCAUGAGACAGUCUAUGUGCCACUUCAGAUUUCAACAUACAUGGAAAAUAUUGAUCAAAGUAUCUCAGGCAAUGCUUUGUAUAAUGUAGAAACGGCACUGACUAAAGUAAUUAAAUAUGUGUCAGAAGUAUUCCAAGUACCUCAGACAAAAAAUCCUUUUCUUUUGGAUCGGAAUAAUUGUGUUCAGCGAUGGAAAAGUGGAGUGAAUAAAAAUAAGUGUGCAAGAAUUAAAGCAGGGCCUGAAUUUUGUUCAAUUAAAGAUACAAACUUUGCAAUACCAGACAGAUUUCUGAAUAAAUUAAAUGUUUAUGAUUUUUCGGAUCCCGUGCCACGUUUUGUUGCUGCGGCUGGUCCUGGAAUAAAAAAUACCAAUUUUAUCCUCUGUGUCACUAGUAGACCUACCUCCUGGUGUGAAGAGCCUGACGUUCAAGCAUACGGAUCAUAUUGUAGACUUGAUGCUAACAACAGGCCAGUUGCUGGACUUUUAAAUAUAUGUCCAAAAUAUCAUAGCAAGAAACUGUAUGCUUCAAAACAUUAUUUUAAUGUUAUAAUGCAUGAAGUGUUCCAUAUUCUGGGUUUUUCCCGUCACCUUUUCCCAAAAUAUAAAACUUGCACAUCAGCCUUUUGUAACGUUCCUAUGAAAAUCGUGCAAACUGAUUCAUUUGGAGUACAACGGUUACUUUAUCCUGAAGUUGUGAAAAGCAUGCAAAGUCAUUUUAAUUGUUCAGAUGAUGAAUUUGGUGCGCCUUUAGCAGCAAACCCCCAAAGCAAUUCAUCAGAUAAUUCUUAUACUUCUCAUUGGCAUCCUGUUCUUAUGUACACCAGCAUUAUGACACCCUCAAUAUCUGAGGAUGACUAUGUUGUAACUGAUAACAUAACUCUAGCAUUAUUUGCUAGCACUGGAUGGUAUAAAGUAAACUUUUCAAAAGCUGAAGACUUCAACUUUGGUUUAGAUGGUGGUUGUGAUUUUGGCUUCCGAAGUACAUGUGAAAGUAGUAAACAUCUUUGCCUUCCAAGCUCUAAUUUAACAAGCUGUGAUGUGUUGUACUACACUGUUGGUGCAUGUAAGAGUGUGGUGCCUUAUCAUCCCUGUGGCGUUUAUAAGCCAGAUACUUCAAAAAAAUGUAUUGAUAAUGAAGGAACACUUUAUGAAGUUGAUUUCAAAGCUAGUGGGGAAGAACAGCGAUGCAUGUUGAUGCAGGAGGGAAAACAGGAAGCUGAGCCAACAUGUUUAGUUAUGAAGUGUAAAACAUCCAAUGUGUACGAAGUGCUCGUAAAUUCGACAUGGCUCUCUUGCCAGUACAGAGAUAAGGUUGAAAUAGGUAACAUAACUGUAUAUUGCCCGCAAGAUCGUAAAUUUUGUCAUUCUAAAGGGUCAGUUGUGAAAGCUGGAAUUUGUCAUCCAGGGGAAAAUUUUGUUAUAUCUAUUCGAAUAUAUUUUACAAGACCAACAUUUGAUGAACUUUUAACUGGAAACAAUUUUAAGAAUUUCAAGAUUAGCACUAUAUGGACUAUUGCUUCCAAGCUUGAAAUUCCAGUGAACUAUAUUACUAAUGCAACACUAUCUGUGUUCAAACAGAUCUAUUUAGACUUUUCCAUUUGUCCUCCAAAAGCUAUGACCGAUGAAGAAUUAGGAUCUCUUAUUAAAAAAGUUCAAAUAUUUCUUUCAAACAGUGUUUUCACGCAUGUCCUACAAGGAAGGGAAGAUAUUGCUGUAUCAUCUAAUACAAUCUUAAUUGAUCCAGAAGAUGCUGUAACCUUUAGUGAUUUUGAAGGAUUUCGACUGUUCUCAGCCGUACCUGUAAUUUGCGGAAUUUUUGUGAUUGCGAGCUUCAUUGCAUCUGUAAUGAGGCUUUAUCUAAUUCAAAGGCACAGACCUCAACGAGCUAUAGAAAUGCAAGAAGUUAGUCAAAGUGUCUUAAAUUCACAACUUUCUGAUGUAUCAUUACAUUCUUGAAGUGUGGAUAAAAUUCUGUAAUAAAAGAGAGACUGAUUUGUAUAAUAAUUCAUGUAAUAUAUAUAUAUACAUAUAAAAAUAUUUUAUAUGAAA